AAAGUAAGUUAUAAGUCCGAUGAAGAAGCUUAUCUUGCUCAAGACCUCUGAACUGGAAACAUUGCUGCACUGACUCUGCCUACAUACCCAGCUUCACAAAUCUCGCCUCAUCGAUUGCUUUACUCCUCAUUUUUCAUACCAUUUGAAGUGUUCUGCACUUGAAGCCAUGGAAGCGCAGACCGAUGCGAUCAGACCCACCGACGUUACGGCCGAGUCGCGACACUCAUCCCCCGACAUCGCUCCACCACGGAAUGGAAAGAAACCAUCGCGGGUCGAUCUCCCGGGUUUUACCUACGCUGAGCUGAUCACCAUGGCGAUUCAGUCGUCGCCUUCUCGUAUGAUGACCAUCGUAGACAUCCAACAGUUCUUUCGUGAUCGCUUUCCUUGCUUCCGAACAUCCUACAAAGGCUGGCAUAACAGUAUUCGACAUAACCUCUCAGCUCGAGAGUGUUUUUACAAGGUGCCCAUCGUGGACAAGCGUCAUAAAUGUCGCACACACUACUGGAUGAUCAACCGCUGUUCUCACUGUCGCGAUGGCAACGGUCUUAUGCAGGAGGCACGACAAUGGAGGACCAGGAGGAUGAUGGCGAAGAACGUGAUCAGGAAGAAACGACGAGGAUCGAAGAAGAACGGUUCGUCGACGACCAGGAACGCUGACGGAUUGGACUCCAAGGUGACGGAGAAGAAGGGUCCUUUGAAAGACGCUCAGCUCACGUGUCAACCUUUCCCAGCGAGAACUCCCCCCAUGCACCCGAUGGAGUAUACCAAGCUUAGCUCACCAGACCAGUUCACCCACGGCCCGCAAACACCAUCCUAUCAAGGGUCUGACUGGGCUUACCCAACGACCUACCACACUCGCCAUCAACCUGCUUGCCGUGAAUGCGGUGACGACAUGACCGGUGACUGCGAAUACUGCGUGUUACUCGAAGUCGACAACGAACCACCGUCACCGAUGCGUUAUUCGUCGUCAUUGACGUCGUCGUCACCGCCGGACUGCCUUUCGACAAGGAGUGAGAGCGUCGGGACUACGUCGCAGACACUAUCUCACUUCAAACCUUAUGUUAAGGAAGAACCAAGAAUCCAGCAAUUGGCUCUAAAAGACGAUUCGGUGCUAGACGAUAUCGUCGACAAACAAGACCUGUUCCAAACGGACGACAACUUCGACGCGUCCGUAUACAACGUCGGAGGUCAUAUUGAAGCUCACCAGCAUUCUGGUACUGUCGUCCCGAUAUCAUUGUCGAAAUCAUUGCCACCGUCGUUGCCUUCAUCACCGGCACCAUCAUCGCCCAUGCAGUACGCCGUUGACCUUUCACGCCAGAGUUCUUCCCGUGCUAGCGGUUAUGCCGUCUCGCCAACCUUGCCAGACUGCCCCAGAUACCAGGCUCAUCCUAACUUGCCAUGCACCAGUCUACCUCCGUUUAAUUACUACAAGGGUUUGCAACCAUACUUCUUCUUCCAAGAUCAAGCCUAUCACUUUGAUCAGUGCGAUCGACUCGUCAUUGACCCCCGUUGCCAUGUUGCCGACACCACCAAAGGUUUCUAUCGCUACCCAUCAGAGGAUUUCGUCAGCAAUUGUCAUCGCAGCAGCGAGGUGGCAGGAGCUGUUGACCUGAGCGUACAUCAUCAAAGUGAAUUCAUUGGUCGGACUGAUGAUGAGAGACGUAGCAUCCCUCACAGAUCUCACUGUGAUAACAACUGUAACGAUUCUCUUCUUCUGAUCGAAUCCAUGCCUUACAGAACCAACCCCAGAGUACCAACCAACAGCCCUAUGCACCGAUUCACACGGCCAGUGGACUCCUCCCCCAUCCCCUUUCACCACGGUAUCCCCUCCAGACACACAUCCGACAACGCGGUUCCCCGACAGCCGGCACGCCUCUUGGGCCAAUCUCGCUUCAUCCCGAGAUCUAAUGUGAACGUCCUGUUGGACUUUGGCGGAGAGGGCGCCUCUCCGGCUUUCGUCGCAGCUCCUAAUGACAUCAGGACGAUCUCAAGUCUCGGUGAGCUUCUCAAGGUCAGCAUGGUCAUCGCAUCCCAACACGAAUACCACAGUAUGUGAUCAAGACGUUGAAGAUGAUAUUCAGGUUCAUUAUGAUCUCCACGAACUAAAGUCGUAUUGUCUAAUCAUUGUUCAAUGGCCAAGAAGUGACAACCAUUCAAAAUGUUGCAUCUCAUCAUUAAUACUGCUGGAUCCAACAGACAAACAUCACUGUGGUUGCAUCCAGCAGUUUAAAGAAUUAGAUCCUUCAUUUUGAAAAGGUGUAUCUCUUGGUUUAAUUGAAUGCUGACUUAACAUUUUUCUUUUUAAGAGUGCGCAUUGAAUAUUUGUAUGGACAUAAUUAUGCCUAUCGUUUGUGCACCGAGGCGUUACCGAGGCGAAAUAGCCAUUCUGUAAUACUUAGUGUGAUACCUCGACGACACAGCCAUUCUUGCUAUUGUUCUUAUCUUGCAUGCAUGCUGUAGUUUAGUUUGUCAAGAAAAUAUACCAUCAACAAGCAGACUAUAAUCGUCUUUUCACUACAACAAGCUUUAUUGAAACAAUUGCCAAAAACAAUUGAUAGUCGUACGAAAGAAAAGCAUGAACAAAUUAUGUCGUUUUUGUUUCACUUGAUUUAGGCAGUAAAUUUGUUGAUUAAUAAAGACAUUUUAAGAUUAAAAAUUGACGAAAAGGUCACGGUAGGCCUUUAAUAAUAUGUGAUUUUAUUAGCCUGAAGUUACUUUGCAAGCGUAUCGAUAAAGGAAUGAGCUAUCGAUCGAACUGCCCCCACUGUCGAAUGCCUUACAUGCUUAGUUUCAAGACACCGGAGAGAAAGAAAGUAUGCUUGGCUCACAAAUUGAGAUGAUCUAUGAUUUGAUGUAGCCUCAUUCACAAAGCACACUAUAUAUUUUAACAUUUUGCAUAUUAUUCAACAUGUCAACAAUAUAUUUUGAGAAAUUUUAGAGGGAUAUUCCAAGGGGGAACUACAACUUCUCGUCAGCAACAAGAUUGUGACAGUUGCACGACCUUGUUUUCAAUGAAUUAUCUUUUGGUAAAAUUACUUAGACUUCGUGUUAAAAGGCUACGAAUGAUAAAACAGAAGAGAAACAUUGCUUUAAAUGUAACUGCGUUUUCCUGUGUUUACGGGCAGAGUAGAAUAUGAUUUUAUCGCACUUAUGUAGAAUACUUUUACAUGUACUUACAUAUCAAAUUUAUGAUGUUAUUGGUGGAGGGGUUAAUAUAAAAUGCCAUUUUGGUGACAUUUGAUUUAUGUAAUUAGUAUAAGAAAUUGUGAUAACUCUGCACAAAUAUGAAGUUACUAUCCGUAUGAAGGACUUUGGGCGGGCAAGAUUUUUAUGGAUAUUUGAUUGAUUUCUCUUUAUCAUCUUUAUACCAUCGACUAUGACUUCAUUCAGAAUACCUCAAGUUAAAGACAUAUUCUUUGUGUUUGUAAUACAAAGAUACAUUUAAGCUUAAUUGUAGUAAUUAUGUUUUGUAUAUAUAUAUAUAUAAAUUGCAUGCACCCUUUUUCAGAUGUGUAAAGAGUACUGUAUUAACCGUGUGUUCCGCUAAGUUCACAUUAAAUACAUUUUAAAAGAUAA